CCCGCUACAGCGUCUUAUGGUGACAGCCCGCCCUGGACACUGCCGACGAGCAAGGGCCCUGUCUCAUUGCUGCCCAAAGAGUAAGACGAUGCCCUAUUAGUGCGGCUCUUUUUGCGUGCACCUGCAUUACUUGACUCACAUUUUAUGCAUGUGCUUUUUUGUAUUAUUGCAUGUCUGGAUUUUCUCGCGCCGGCUCGAAUUUUCUUUUUCUCCCUUUUGCGCUGCGCUGUUUUUUGCCGGGUUUCUUUUUUCUCUGCCCUGUCUGCUCCUCCAAGCUGCCUCCUUCUGCCAGCGACAUCGUCACCGUCUCUUCCCAGCUUCAUAAACAGACUGACACGCACAGUACACAUAACGCACGUCGGCAGCCUAGUUCUAUUUUACCGCCCGCUUGUCCCGGAAAUAUUCGAGACUUGCGGCUGAUCGUCUUCGCUCCCCUUUGCACGCGUACCUCACUCAACUUUUUCAACACACUGUGCACAGCUAGCUGCAUCUCCAGCUGCAUAAACGCCUUAGCAACAUCCAACCACCCCCAAAGACGCAUUGCAACCUCAGCCCCUGAUCAUCACAAAAAAAGAGGCAAUGAAGUUCGCAGCUCGACUCCUUUUCUCAGCUUCUGUUCACCUUGCUACGUAGUCUUGCUUGCCCACCAACACCAACUCAUCCCUCUCCGACCUUAGCCAGUAUCUGGCAGCAGCGGGCGACCAAGGCUGAAGCAGCAGGCUGCAGAACCUGUCAGCUGAAUCACGGUGCGCCCGAGCCGAAAUCAAAGAGCCCCCAAAUUCAGGGAGACGGCAGUUUCUGGGCCAAUUUAUCACUUCUUCAUCGAAUCCAACAUAAUCGCCGGCGUCGCCAGCGCCGCAACCAAUAUCGGGAUGCCUCAAGGCCGCCCCGCGCCGUUGGCCAAGCGAGCGGAGCAGCGGUCAACGCCCAUUACCACUACCAACCUCUCCAAGAAAACCGAUCCCGCUUCUCCUCCCGAUACCCCAACGGUCUCCCCUCUCCACUCGCGAAAGCCGAGCGCCGCCAUAACCCGACAGCCUCUGAGCAAGAAUGUCUCCUCACUAAGCCGCGAUCCGCAUAUCAUGCCUACGGGCAAUGGGCAUCAGUUUAGCUAUCAGCCCUUUGGGCCGGAGCAGCUGAGCCCUCGAUCAACCUCAUCCUCAGCAUACGAAUCAGACGAGGAGGAGGAAGAUGACGAUAGCUCUUCUGAAGAAGAAGCUCCCAUGUCCCGACGGCCACCAGUGGUGGGAGACGCACCGCGCAGACGGGACAUGUCUGACAGCGAUGAUGAUGACGAAGAAAAUGAAUCAGAUGAAGAUGAAGAUGGUGACGAGGAUGAGGACGAAGAUGAAGAAAUCCACGAUGCAAUCAGCGACGAAGAAGAAUCAGAGGCGGACGAUGACAUGCAUAUCCCAUCAGACCUGGAGCAGCCAUACUCGUCAGAUGAAGCUGAGAGGGUUCCCAGUAGCCCCAUCCUCGGCGCCCGCCACACUAUCCAAGUCGUACAUUCGGCCAGUACCGAGAUCAUCUGCACUUUUACACUAGAAGAGUUAGCUGCGCAUGCGAGCGAUGGCGGUAGGGAAAUCCUCUACCCUGCCGAGAUUGAAUCUCUCGCUAGCGCCAGCAGAGGAUCCUCUAGAGCGAGCAUGUUCCGCCGAGAGCUUCCAAUCCGCAUACUCUCCGAUCUACGAAACCUAAACUGCAGUCAGGAAGUUUCUUCCGACGAAGAAAGGACACCGCCGUCCCCUGAUACGGCUGCGGACCUCGAAAAUGAAGCCUUUUAUAAGUGGCAGGCUGAAAGACGGCGCCGCCGCGUCAGCAUGUCUAGCAGCAUUGGCAAGCGAACACAUAGCGAGCUGAGCGAAGACUCAGAUAUUGAAGAGGAAGGUGGUGGCCUGGAUGUCAACGACGUUGGCUUCAGUGCCAGAAAAAUGCGCAAGAGGCAGCACCGCGGCAGUCUGCUCUUCCACGAUCCACCAGAACCAAGGAUCGACGAGCUGGAUGAGCCUAGCUCUGGGGAAGACGAAAGAGAAGCGAAUCAGGCGCUUUCCCGCGAACUACCAUACGCGAGAAUGGAAAUUAUAGACAUGGACGAUUUAUGAGUCGAACAGCAUCUUUUUCGGGCAUAUAGACAUAUAGACUUUUGACUUUUUCUAGUUUUAGUUUUUUUUGCAUAGACGGCGAUGGUUUAGAAUUGAAAUUUGUUUCUUGCUUUUUCAUAUUUGCCUUUCUUUCAUUUUUCUAAUGUCCUUUAUGAACGGUUUACUGAGGGUAUCAAAGGUAAACAGUAGUGAGACGACUAUGUACUCAGCAACCCCGCAAACAGACUGCCACAAUUGUUAUUUUUUUUAACUCAACA